AUGGUCCAACAGACGCGGGCGGGAGGCGCCCGGCAAGGGAGGGCGCAGCAGGGCGGGACCUGGGGCGGGAGGCUGCAGCCCCAGGAGACCUUGUGCAGGGGGGCUGGGGAAUCCGGCGGUGACGCGGCUCCGUUCCCCCAACCGCAGGCGGGCUGCCCGCCUCCCGCGCCGGCCCCGGUCCGACGCCGGUCCUCCGCUAACUACCGUGCGUACGCCACGGAGCCGCACGCUAAGAAAAAGUCCAAGAUUUCCGCCUCGAGGAAACUGCAGCUGAAGACCCUGAUGCUGCAGAUCGCGAAGCAGGAGCUUGAGCGGGAGGCGGAGGAGCGGCGCGGAGAGAAGGGGCGCGCUCUGAGCACGCGGUGCCAGCCUCUGGAGUUGGCCGGGCUGGGCUUCGCGGAGCUGCAGGACUUGUGCCGACAACUCCAUGCCCGCGUGGACAAAGUGGAUGAAGAGAGAUACGACGUGGAGGCAAAAGUCACCAAGAACAUCACAGAGAUCGCAGAUCUGACCCAGAAGAUCUUUGACCUUCGGGGCAAGUUUAAGCGGCCCACCCUGCGGAGGGUGAGGAUCUCUGCAGAUGCCAUGAUGCAGGCACUGCUGGGCACUAGGGCUAAGGAGUCCUUAGACCUGCGGGCCCACCUCAAGCAGGUGAAGAAGGAGGACACAGAGAAGGAAAACCGGGAGGUGGGAGACUGGCGGAAAAACAUCGACGCGCUGAGUGGCAUGGAGGGCCGCAAGAAAAAGUUUGAGGGCUGAGCUGGCUGCCCCGCCGCCCUGGCCCUGAAGGCAGAAGGCGUCCCUGAGGAAUAAAGCUUCUCUCUGAGCUAA